UGAAAUCUGCCGCUUUAUAUGGGCGCCCCUUUAUCCCAUUAGGAUUCGAAUUCUCAAACGAUGCCCACUUCAUUUCACUCGCUCUUUCCUCCAAUUCAUUCAUUCCUUGUAACUUCAAGGCAGAUUUCUUACACUGUAAGUUCGUUGUUGUAGAUAUGUUUGAAACUCCAGAUUCCAGCUUAUACCCUUUGCACUGUUGCAAAACUCUGCACAUGGUAAGGCAUGCACAAGGCUACCACAAUGUGCGUGGAGAUAAAGGCCGGACAGUUUUAUUGCCCCAUGAACUAUUUGAUGCAAGCCUCACUCCUUUGGGAUGGCAACAGGUACGAGCAUUUUAUGACAGAACUAAGUUAGCUCAAGCAUCAAAGUGUGAGUGCAAGUUCGACAUGCUUUCCAGUGUUUUGGGAAGCAAGGUUGAUAUUCUUCGCAAGCAAGUGGCAAUUAUCGGCAUUGCUUCUAGGGUUGAGUUGGUUGUGACAUCCCCAUUGACAAGGGCUAUGCAAACAGCAGUAGGUGUUUUUGGUGGUGGAGAUUACAAUGACAGUGAUUCAUCUCCUCCAUUAAUGGUGGCUGGUGCUGGCAAGAGUGAUCGUGCUGCGAUUUCAAGUUCAAAAUGCCCACCAUUUUUAACCAUGGAAUUGUGUCGAGAACACAUGGGGCCACAUUCUUGUGAGCAGAGAAAAAGCAUCAGUGAGUGCCAGACCCUUUUCCCUGCCAUUGAUUUUUCACUGGUAGAAACAGAUGAGGAUGUUUUGUGGAAGCCAAAUACUAGAGAAAAAGAAUAUGAUAUUGCAGCUUGUGGAGUAGCAUUUCUUAACUGGUUAUUGACACGAAUGGAAAAGGAAAUAGUUGUCGUUUCACAUAAGGGCUUUUUAAAACACACAAUGGCCCUCUUUGGAAAGGAUUGUCAUCCAUUGGUUAGAAAUGAGAUCCGCAAAGAAUUUAAAAAUUGUGAACUUCGAUCAUUUGUUGUCUCCCACAGAAGUGCAAUUGGUACUAGUGUGCUAGUAACAAAUUUUUCAAGGUACAUUCCUCCUGUUCCUGAUGUCCCUAAUCACGAUGAUGGUGAAAAGAAUAUGGAGAAUGAACAGACCUAUCUUCAAAAUAAUCAGAAUCCUCCAAAAAAAAAUAAAAACAAAACCAAGAGAAGGAAUACUUUGGCUGGAAGAAGACUUACUAGUGAUGAGAGCCAAAGACCUCUUGAGAUAUUUCAAUUGUGUAAUGCAGAUGCGCAGCCAUAGUCGACAUAAAGGAGGAGGCAAGCAAAAAUUAAAAAUCUGUUUUUUACAAAGAUAAAAUCAUAGCCAUAUUUGUGAUGAGUGACCUUUAACUCGUGGACGCAUGAUUUUUAAUUUUUUAUGAUUGAAUAAGCACCUUGUAAGUUCUUCGUCAUUAUUAUUAUUAGCAAUAAUAAUAAUACUAUUGCUCCAUUAUAUAUAUGUGGAAAGACAUCUAUGUUUGAUGUUAA